AUGCAAAUGGACAACGUAGAGUCGCAAGGCGAUAGCGUGCCAAAUCUCCUCGUUACGAAACGCAAGGCUCGUGAAGAGCGGAAUAUUGCCCCCGAUACCAAAAGAGCCAAAGGCCUCCAUUAUGGGUUGACAGAGGCGGGUGUCAAAGCUCCAGCUAUAACCCGGAGGAUUCCUUUCCCAGAGAAGCCUGCAGUUUUGGAAGAACGAAAUGGCGACAUCGAGUUCAGAGUUGUCAACAACGACGGCUCCAGAGAGAGUACGAUUAUCCUUACAGGUCUUAAAUGCCUAUUUCAAAGACAACUUCCGGAGAUGCCUAAGGAAUAUAUCGCACGUCUCGUCUACGAUCGCACUCAUUUAUCGAUCGCUAUCGUCAAAAUGCCUCUAGUGGUCAUUGGCGGUAUAUCAUUCCGAGAAUUCCGAGACCGCAAGUUUGCCGAAAUCGUUUUUUGUGCCGUUUCGUCUGAUCAACAGGUGAAAGGAUACGGAGCACAUCUUAUGGCCCAUUUAAAGGAUUAUGUCCGAGCUACUUCCCCGGUGAUGCAUUUUCUGACUUACGCCGACAAUCAUGCUAUCGGGUAUUUUCAGAAGCAAGGUUUUACUAAAGAGAUCACUCUCGACAACUCUAUAUGGAUGGGAUGUAUUAAGGAUUACGAAGGAGGGACACUUAUGCAAUGCUCUAUGCUUACCCGAAUACGAUAUCUCGAAGUUGGUCGAAUGCUUCUUAAGCAAAAGGAAUCCGUUCUAGCUAAAAUCCGCAUCUUGAGCAAAAGUCAUAUCAUUCAUCUACCGCCUCGGCAAUGGGCUAACGCUAACGACGGCGUCGUGAUUCCAAUCGAUCCACUCUCUAUCCCUGCCAUCCGGGAAACUGGCUGGUCUCCGGAUAUGGACAAGUUGGUGCGAGAAUCAUGCCGCGGAUCCCGUUUCAAAGGACCUCAUUUCAACGAGUUUCGACGUCUUCUGAAUCAAAUCCAAAACCACAAUCAAGCAUGGCCCUUCCUCAAUCCAGUCAACAGAGAUGAAGUCCCUGAUUAUUACAAUGUCAUUGUAUCACCAAUGGAUCUGUCGACCAUAGAAGAAAGAUUGGAACAUUACACUACUCCGAAAGACCUUGUCAGCGAUCUCAAAUUGAUUUUCAGUAACUGUCGGCAGUAUAAUGAUGCCACAACGGUAUACGCUAAGUGUGCGGUCAAGCUGGAGAAGCACAUGUGGAAACUUAUCAACGAGAUUCCGGAGUGGUCUUACUUGCUUGAAGGAUGA